GCGCAGCGCAAUGACGUCGCCUCAAGGAAGCGCUCUGAUCGUUUACAUUACAGAUGACAGCUGAAGAGAUACCGUUGAACCGGUUAGCCCUCUGUCCGCCCCGCCUCAGCUGAGAGCCAUGAAAGUAUCGCUAGCGUCCAUUCAGAGUCAAUGGGGAUAACGCCUGCUCUAGUCAUUCUCAUAUAGGGGGAGAAAUCGCUGCAGUUCGAGUGCAUUUGAAGGGAUCAGGCCGGUGUGAGAUGGAGAAUUCUGGAGGGUCUAACUGGACGCUGAAGUCGGAUCCGAGCACAGAGCUGCUUCCAUACUGCUGCUCGUCCUGUGAUGGUGGUGAGGAGCCAUUCCGUGGAAAACUGUUGCAGACCAGAACUAAAGCCAGGAGCAUGUCGACACCAUCAGCUCACAACUCUGCCAAGUUCAGGAGGACACAGUCUCUUCAUGGACCAAGCCCUGUCACCACAUUUGGGCCUAAAGCAUGCAUGAUGAAGAACCCUAAAGCUGUCAUGCAUAUUCAAGAUCCAGCCAGUCAGAGGCUGACAUGGAAUAAACCACCCAAAAGUGUCCUUGUUAUUAAGAAAAUCAGAGACGCCAGUCUGCUGCAGCCUUUCAAAGAGCUCUGCGUCUUCCUCACACAGCAAAAAAAUAUGAUUGUUUACGUGGAGAGGAAAGUCCUUGAAGAUCCUGCCAUCGCUAACGAUGAGAGCUUUGUCUCUGUCAAGAAAAACUUUUGCACUUUUAGAGAAGAUUAUGAUGAUAUUUCCAAACGCGUAGACUUCAUCAUUUGUUUGGGAGGAGAUGGGACCUUGCUCUAUGCUUCCUCACUCUUCCAGGAGAGUGUGCCUCCUGUCAUGGCCUUCCAUUUGGGUUCUCUGGGCUUUCUCACACCAUUUAACUUCGACACAUACCAGUCUCAGGUCACACAGAUUAUUGAAGGUAAUGCUGCGAUCAUUCUGCGCAGUCGUCUGAAAGUGAAGGUGGUGAAAGAGUGUGGAGAGAAGAAGAAGGGAACCAUGGAUGAGAAGAGUUUGAUCAUCACAAAUGGAGACACUGAACCCAACCACAAAACUAUGCAAUAUCAAGUGCUGAAUGAAGUUGUGUUGGACCGAGGUCCAUCCUCAUACCUCUCUAAUGUCGACCUGUUUUUGGAUGGUCACCUGAUCACCACUGUUCAAGGAGAUGGUGUGAUAGUGUCCACACCUACAGGCAGCACGGCAUACGCUGUAGCAGCAGGUGCCUCAAUGAUCCACCCCAAUGUUCCAGCGAUCAUGAUCACACCCAUCUGUCCACACUCGCUCUCAUUCAGACCCAUCGUUGUGCCUGCGGGUGUCGAACUGAAGAUCAUGUUGUCCCGUGAUGCCAGAAACACAGCCUGGGUGUCUCUCGACGGCAGAAAACGGCAGGAAAUUGCACAUGGGGACAGUAUUACCAUCACUACGUCCUGUUUCCCUGUUCCCUCCAUCUGUUUCCGUGAUCCGGUGAAUGAUUGGUUUGAGAGUCUGGCUCAAUGUUUACACUGGAAUGUUCGUAAGAAACAGAGUCAUCUGAGUUCAGAAGAGGAGGAGUUCUGAACACUUUCAUAAACAUGCUUUCCAACACAAUCACUUAAAUGAUGUCCUUUCUUUUUUAAAGAGUUUUUUUUUUUUUUUUUUUAAGUUGCAGUACUGUAUUUUCUCUGUUUAUCAUAAUCAUCCAGUGGUCAGUAUUUUUCAAGAAUCUUAAGAAAACAAGUCCAGGUUACAUUUCACCCCCCCCCCCCCCCCAAAAAAAAAACAAAAAAAGAAAAUUAGGCCACAAUUAAGCCCACAUUGUUUUUUUUGUAAUUCACAUUAUUCUCAAUGGUAAUUUUCUUUCAGUUCUUAAUACUGAAAUAAUGUAAUAAUGUUAUACAGUUGUGUAAAUCAGCAAUAAAUUAAAGGCAGUACAACAAAUAAUACAUAAAUACUUAAAACAUUAAAAUCAUCAUUAUUUUUUUUUUUUUUUUGCAUCACAAUAAUGAGAAUUUUUAGGCAAUGAAAAUAAUGUCUUUAAAAAAAAGAAAAAAAAAGUCAUUAUAUUGUUCCUAAAAACAAAAGGCCUCGUUUCUGUGCAAAAAAAUAAAUAAAAAAACAAUAAUAAUAAAAAAAAUAAAAUAAGAAUAUAUAUAUAUAUAUUAUUUUUCUUUUUUUUUAAGGUGAAAUAUGACCCGGAUGUGUUCUUGAUAGGUUUCGUGAGAUUAAACAGUCUAACCGAUAUCAGUUAAUUUCAUUAUAUUGUUGUGUAAAAGUACCAUGUAUUGUCAGUUCUUGGCAAACAAGAUAAUAUAAAGGAUUUUAGCAAUAAGUGAAUUUCAAUAGAUUGUGCCUUAAAUCAUGAAGAGCAUUGCAUCAAAAUCCAGUCGUUCGGGGAAAAUAUAUUUCUUAUGCUGUAUUUACAGCGCAUUUACAAUGUACUUGCAUCGUACAUCUUGGUAGAUAUAUUUAUAUCUUAGCUUGAAUAUUCGUAAGAAUGUUUUUGAAACCACUGUAUUCAUUGCAUUGGUGUCUUACUGGUCAAUAAGUAAUCUAUUUAACAGUUUGUCCAUUCCAGGUUCAAAAGGACCAUAAUGUUUUGUUUUUAGAAUGUUUUCUCAGUUUUAGACAUGCCAGUAAUUUUUUUUUUUUUUGGGACAUUUGUAUCUUCCAACAUUGUGCUGGUGCAGGUUUUUUGUUUUGUUGUUGUUGUUGUUUUCAGGGGUGAGAAGGGGUCAAAACAUAAUAUGAAAUGAGCCGAAUUGUGGUUUUAAGUGCCCUUCACAGGAAAAAAAGCUGAGCUUCUAUAACUUUUAAAUCUUAUAGAGGAAAGGCAAAAUUUCUGAAGGGAAAGAUUUGACAUAGGCCUACAGGUGAUGGACAAAAGAAUGGAAACACUUUGCGUUUUUCUUUGAAGUAAAUAACAAUUACAAAUGCCAAUUACCAACUGCUUGUGCCAGCUAUAAAAGAGUUCUUUGAUAUAUGAGCUUUCAAAGCAAUCUGUAUUAUGUACCAGACAUCCUGAAUCACAAGUGCAUCAAUUACAAAAACUGCAAAAUUAUUUCAUCCAUCAGGUGGAACCGUUGCAAAAUAAUGAGCAGCUAUGAGUAAUCAGAGGGACAAUUGUCACAAGCAAAAGCUCGCCUACAGAUCCUUUUCUGAAAAUGUGCGAAGUGUUUUGCGAAUACUUCCUCAAAAACUACCACAGAUAGAAUGUACAUUUUUUUUUUUUUUUUUUUUUUUUAAAAGCAUACUGUGAAUUGGCAGACCUGUCAUAAUGAAACAUCAUGUGUCCAAAAUUAGCUUAAAAAGAUCCAUACUGUUGUAUAAGGUAUAUAUAUAUAUAAAAAACAAGACCUUCCUUAAACAUAAGAUGGAAAGAUUUAAUUUAAAGUUCAGGAGAUUUCCACCUACUCCAUUUCUGUUUUUUCUGAAAGGAUACAGUAGUAUCUAUCACACAGUCCAGUUCUGUUGAAAGAAGCUGCUCUGAAGCCAAAUGAUGAUCCUAGUGCUACUAAAUAUGUAUAUAUUAGGUCUUUCUGUUAUUUUGUCCAUCUCCUAUUUUAAUUAACUGGCAUAGCAUAUGGUACAGCAGGCACUUUGUAAAUUGUAUUGAUUUGUUUGUUUUUUCCCUGGCCUUUGUUUAUAACAUGUAAGAAGUCAGUUGCGGCAUCAAUUUAUUGAUUCAUAUUAGUUUGGUGGUCCCACCUGAAAAUCAUUCAUAUGGUCACAUGGAUAGUUUUCAUUACUUUCUUUGAAUCUUUUUACAUUUAUUAUAUAAAGUUUGUCAUUUAAACAUGUUAUCUAAUCUGAAUUACAUCAAACUCAAACCAAAUGAUUUGUAAAAUAAUGUGUUUUUGUAAAAGCCGAUUGGGUAAAAAUGUAAGAUAUUUCUAUCGGAACAUGAGAACAAGGGAUUUUGUAACAAACAGCUGUGUGAUUUGCUGAGGACUAAAAUACAUAUUGUCACUAACAUUGAUUUUCAAUCAUCUGUGUUUUAUCACAUCCUGUCAGAAGUCAGUUUUUAUUUACUGUCAGAUUUUGUAUUAUUAUUAUUAUUAUUAUGUUAUUAAAAAUAACGUUUUCCAUUGUAAAACUAAAUAUAAAAAUAAAUCUCCCUUUUAAUGCACUUUUCUGAUUUGGUUUUCAAAGGAUGUUUGCAAAAUUUCUACCAGGCAAUAAUGUCUGUUUUUACUCCAUGAGUUUGAGACAUAACCAUGUUUGAAAUUAAUUGUCUUUAUUUACACGUUUAGAUAAGCGACAGUGGUGAUAAAUCCCAGUUUAUAUUAAUGCAAUACUAAGAUCUAGAUAAAUCUCUCAAAUCUACAGCUACCGUGACCGUGAUUUUGUGUUCUUUUGUUCUGUCACUGUUUCUCCUUUUGCUUUUAAGCCUAUUGAAUCCAUCAAUAUGUAUCCAUCUUUACCUAAAGGUUCUUCCUUGUUCCUUGUUCCUGCAUGGGCUUUCAUCCCGUAAGGUGUGCAUGCUUCACAGAAGUGUGUUUUUUCUGGAAAUACAGUCAAUAAAACCUCUUCAGACGGC